AAGAGUCUUCGCGUGCCGGCUUUCAUACUGAACUAACUUGAGUAUUACGAGGAAAGAUCGAGGAGUGGGUAGUAAUUUUUUUUUUUUUUAAGGCACCACGCCAUCUCAGCGGUAGAAAUGGAGACCGUGUUGGAUUCAUUCACAGGGCUGGAUUCCUUCUCAUCCUCUUAUUUCGACGACGAUGAUUUUUUCACUGACCAGUCCUCCAGAGACCGCUUGGACGCAGACGACCUAUUGGAUGAGGACGUUGACUUUCUUACGAGUCAAAUCCAAGAAUACUACAAGGACAGUCGGAUAGCGCACGACGGAGACUACUGUGAUGUUGGCAACUUCUCCUUUUCUUCCUCGUCGUCGACGUUCUCGUACGGAUGCGCGGACAGCACGUCGGAGCUGUCCCCCCGCAGAGACGACGGCCCGCUACUAAAGAGGCGUAGGCGCAUGAGAAACGAAACGGAGAUGCAACAGUUGCGGCAAGCUGCCAAUGUCAGGGAGCGCCGGAGAAUGCAGUCCAUUAACGAUGCUUUCGAGGGGCUGAGAUCUCACAUCCCCACGCUGCCGUACGAAAAGAGACUAUCUAAAGUUGACACUUUACGUCUUGCUAUUGGCUAUAUUAAUUUCCUUGCGGAGCUUGUGCAGUCUGACAUGCCAAUUCGGAACCCAAAUAACGACGCUCUGAACCAACCCAAAAAAGUAAUAAUUUGUCACAGAGGAACAAGAUCACCGUCUCCAAGUGAUCCAGACUACGGUCUACCACCGCUUGCUGGUCACUCUCUCUCAUGGACCGAUGAGAAACAGCUUAAACAGCAGAAUAUCAUCCGGACAGCGAAGGUGUGGACACCAGAAGACCCCCGAAAGUUGCACUUGAAAUCAUCCCUCAACAACAUUGAAAAUGAACCACCCUUUAACUUUAUUUCGUAAGGCACUGUCCUUAUUACUGUAUACACGUCGUAUAUAAAUUAAUUGUGUGGGAAUUUCCACGUUGUCCGUGUUCCGUUAUGUUACUAUGUAAAUAUUUAUUAUUAUUUCAGCUGUGGAGUCUGAAAUGAACAUAGAGCCACUGGCAAUCAUGUGUAGCAACACGUAUUUAAUUGUUUUAAUUACUUGAUAAUAUAUUUUUCUAAUUUAAUUUUGA